AUUUCAGAAAACAAUGUUGCCCUACUUGAAUCUGCAAGAUGCAGAGGCUGGUUUAGGCAGAGAGCUUAGUUUUGCAGAGAAAAUAUGGUUUAACUAUUCAGCCAACAAACAUGACUUUGUUCUUCACUCUCACAACAUCAUUUUCUUGUGCUUCUUUUACUCCUUAGUUCCUCUACCAUACAUGUUAGUGGAGCUUAGUCGUUCCAAGAAAAUAAUGAAGUAUAAAGUUCAACCCAAAGUCCAGAGGUCAUUCUGGGAUAUGUUCAAGUGCUACAAAGAUGUCAUGAAAUCUUUCCUGAUUGUUGUCGGUCCUCUGCAAAUACUCUCUUAUCCUACUAUAAAUUUGAUCGGAAUUCGGACUGGUUUGCCAUUACCUUCUUUGUGGGAAUUGUUGCUGCAAUUGGGGGUUUACUUUUUAGUAGAAGAUUACGUGGGCUAUUGGGUUCAUCGAUGGUUGCAUACAAAAUGGGGGUACGAGAACAUCCACCAUGUACACCAUGAAUAUAGAGCUCCAAUAGGAUUCUCAGCACCGUAUGCUCAUUGGUCAGAGAUUUUGAUCCUGGGCUUUCCAGCAUUUCUUGGUCCUGCAUUAAUUCCUGGCCACAUCAUCACAUACUGGUUAUGGUUCAUUUUGAGGCAAAUGGAAGCCAUUGAUACUCAUAGCGGAUACGAAUUCCCUUGGACAAAAUAUAUUCCCUUCUAUGCAGGAGCCAAGUUCCAUGAUUAUCAUCACUAUGUGGGACGUCAAAGUCAGAGCAACUUUUCAUCUGUAUUCACGUACUGUGAUUACCUUUAUGGAACAGAUAAGGGUUACCGGUGUUAUAUGGUUCUCGCCAACAAGGGCGAUUAGAAGUUAGAAGCGACAACAUCAGAACGGAGACAGAUAUUACUUUCUUGCAGAAAAUCUCAGUGUCAAAGUUCUGAGUAAUUUGUUUUUAUAUAAUAUCCUUGUCAGCAUUCUGAAAGCUGUGUAUUGGAUAAAUGCUAGAAUUACGUGUGUAUUACUUGCAGAAAAUCUUAGGUGGUGUUUUACUUCGUAAAAUAUGGGAAUGGGAAAAAGGAUUGUAUGGAG